GGCAGGUUGAAAAUUUAUAAUUAGUUUUAUGGAUAUGGAGGUUACGUUGGAGAAAGACUUUAUUUUUAGGAUUUCAGAAGUGAUGAAGAGGAUUGGUAUGGAGGAAAAUAAGUCAUUUGCUAGAUUUUGAAAAAAUUGGAUUCUCAAGAAGCAGGUUGAGGGAGAGAUGACUUCUGGCUUAAUUUAUUCUUCUGAAGAAGCUGAUAAUUAUGAAUCUUUGAUUCAUAAACUUAAAAUUCCUUACAUAAUCAGGGUUGACUCUAACUUGAAUAAAGAUGAGAUUAGGAUUUCUGAAAAAUUUAUUCGACUAAAAGAGCAACACUUGAGAAUAGAUUGGAAGUUUGUGAAAUAAAGAAUGUAAAUAUUGGAAUAUCGGAAAUAUUAUUACAACUAAUCUCAUUAAUUCUUGAUUCAAAUUGAGAUCCUCUAAUUUCACAGGAAUGAACAUCUAUACUCCUGAAAAGAGGGUAAAAAUGUGUAAAUCCUACCUGAAGAAAUUAUCGUCCAUCAAAGCUGAGAUAUUACUAUUUCAUCACUCUCAGACUUUAUCAGAUUCUAAAUGAAUUAAAAUUGGGGUAUACCUGUCAGAACUAAGACAUAUAUUACCUAAAAUAACUACAAAAGUAGUUCUUCAUAAGUUCAUAAUAAGCAGGAAGUCUCUGAGAAGUAUCUUUUAUCUCUGUCAGGAUAAGCAAGAGUUAGGCUUUUUCCAAUGAAAAAUAGAAUUAGAAACUGUACCUAAUUUUUUAAGAUGUCUUAAGCACUGAACUAUUGGAAUAUUAGACUUGAGUCGCUGUGGUAAAGACUAUCUAUGCAACUGGAAUGAAAAACCAGAGCAUUUCAGAAACUUAAUGAUUGGGUUGUCUCAAGCAGAAUGGGCGUACUCCGUCCUGAAAGCUAUAAUCAUCGAAAGAUAUGAUAUCUCAGAAGAAAAUUUGGCAGAAGCUUUGAAGGAUCUCAAUCUGGGACAUCUCUCGAUAGUUUACUAAUAGAAUAAUUCAAAAAGCUAAAAAUUCAG